CGGAAGCGGAAGCAGCGGGAGGCGGCGGGGCCGGAAGUGGCGGGAGGUGACGUGUGCGGAGCGGAGCCGGUGCGGGAUGGAGGGGCUGUACCAGCAAACCAACAAGCAGGUCCAUGAGGUCCAGUCUUACAUGGGACACCUGGAGACUUCAGACAAAGAGUCAGUGCACUUGGUAGAAAAUGAGAUUCAGGCAAGAAUAGACAACAUAUUCAGCAACUUGGAACGUCUGGAAAUCCUGUCCAGCAAAGAACCUCCCAACAAGAGGCAGAGUGCCAAACUGCGAGUGGACCAGCUGAAGUACGAUGUGCAGCACCUGCAGACAGCCCUGAGGAACUUCCAGCAGCGGCGCUACCUGCGGGAGCAGCAGGAGCGGCAGCGCGAGGAGCUGCUGGCCCGCACCUUCACCACCAACGACUCUGCCACCAGCAUCCCGAUCGACGAAACCUUGCAGUUUAAUGAAUCCCUGCAGAGUGCCCACCGAGGCAUGGAUGAGCUUAUUGGCAGUGGCACCAGCAUCCUGGCGGGGCUGAGGGACCAGAGAGUCACUUUAAAGGGCACUCACAAGAAGAUCCUGGACGUUGCCAACAUGCUGGGGCUGUCCAACACGGUGAUGCGGCUGAUCGAGAAGCGCGCCUUCCAGGACAAGUUCCUCAUGCUGGGGGGCAUGGCCCUCACCUGCCUCAUCAUGUUCCUCGUGAUGCAGUACCUGACAUGAGCUGCUGACCUGCAGGAGGACUGUCUCCAGCACUGACUGUCCUCUGGCUGCUGCUUUGGAUGAGCCCUUCCCGUGGACUUCAGAGUUUACACAUCCCACUCGGACAGGAAAUGGAUCUGUGUGGGGACACUGUGCUUGAGAAUGGCCCUGUGAAAAUAACCCCUGGCCUUUACUACUCUCCCCUCAAGCCUGCAGGGUUAAUGGUCUGGUUAAUAGGAAGCAGAAGUGAGCACUGUGCCCAGCUGUAGCAAGGCAGGAAUGCCCCUUUGCGCACACAGGGGUGGGAGGAUACAAAGGCACAGCAGUUUCCUGUGCUGGCCAGCGCCAGCCUGACCCCUGCAUUUGCAGGGAAUUUCACAGUGUUCAUUGGCCUGAGUUCAGCCUGUGGGACUGAGUGUGCAAAAAGAGUUGGGAAGUGAAGGGAGUGAAGGGCUCCCAUCUGUGGUUCUGUUUGCUUGGAGAAGGAGGAUUUGUGGGGAAGGGUCUUAGAACACGGUUAUAACCUCACUUAACUUCACACACAGUAUUAACCAGCACAGAUCUCUCUGCUUUAGGCUGAAAGCUGCUCUGCUCAUCUGGGGGAUGUUCUGGUACCUCUCUCUGCCCUGCUGCUUCCCAGGGGAUGCUGAGUGCCAGGCUCCCUCCUGCUUCCCCUGGGAUGCAGGUCAGGCCUGUGGCAUCUCCCUGGGCCUCCUGCCAAAUCCAGCCUCCAAGAGUGACAUUGCUACUGCUGGAGCACAGAGGUUUGGGGAGCUGUGUUCAUUUCCUGAGGUGCUGGUUGGGUCUGGGGCUCUGGAGCUGGAACUUGAGUGGAUGGAGCAGGUGAGUCCCCCUGUGCUCCCUGGAGGUGUGGGAUUGUUAGAGCUGGAACAGGUUCUUCACACCAGGGGAUCAGCACAUCAGGCCUGGCACUGAAAAUCAGCUUGUCAGGGGAGUUCCCUCAAGUUUCAUCCUUGGGAUGGUGAUGUCCCAGUCCUUUGGAAGGGUGUUCCCUGUGGUCCCCUGUACACUGGGAGUUACUGUAAAGGACACUCAGUGUCAUCUCCUGGGGGUCCUGCUGGCUCUCACUCAUCUCCUUGGGGUUGCUCCCUGUCCCAGUGCAAGACUGGAGCUUGUCUCAGUCCAGCACUGCAGCCUGGAGGUGUCAUAGAGGGGCCAUCCUGGGAUUUUGGGCAUCAUCCAUUUCAAUCUCCCUGCAGAUUCAUUCCCAUCCCCACAUGUGGCAAGUGUGGAGCUUUUCCCAAUAUCUGACAGUGGCACAGAUGUGUCAUAUCCAGCUGAUGUGCUUCCCUGUUUCCUGUCUGGAAUGGUUGUGGGUCUCUGGAUUAGUAACUAAUCACAAGUUCUACAUUCUGUCCUCACUGCACUGAGCUUUGCUUUCAUUAUCUGGCCUGUUGCAAACUGGGAGAAAAGUUUUUAAUAACUGAAAAAACUUCAGAAGAGACUUUAGGGAAUAUGGGCCAUGAAACAGGACCUUGCUGGUGACCAGAGCUGGGGUGGGGCCCAGCCAGACACCCAGAGUGACCAGUGGCCCCUGUUCCUGGGCUUGUCCAUGUGCUUGACACUUCUGAAGUGUUUCCUGCUCUUGGAGUUCCCCAUUUGUCCAGGUUUUCCAAGGAAAUACUGUAGCACAGCAAGCAUGGAACUGGUUUUCAUUUGAGCCCAAGGGAGUAAGGAAUUGAAAGGAAAAGAGGGAAUCUGCAGUGAUGGAACAUCUGUCUUGCUGUGUGAUAGAAACCAUAAAUACAAAUUUGCCUGAGGUUUAUUUUGGAUAUGAAAUCUGAUGGAUUCAGCCCUUGAGAGGGCAGCUGAGCACUUGCAAGGGGUCCUGGCAAAUCUCAGUUCUGAUGAGCUGAUCCCAUUCCACUGGAAUUUACACUGUUGGGGUUUAGGGUUUAAGGCUGGCAUUGUUUAAAGUUUCUGCAGCUGUGACCUGGUGUAGCAGGGUUUGUCUGACACCAAGGUGGGGCUCAGGCCAAUCUCUUUCCUUUUGGGCUGUGGUAGGAGCCAUAAGAUACUUGGAACUGGAUUCUCUUUCUGUUUCUGAGCCUAGCUUGGCAUUUUAAUAGAUGUUUUCCUGUUGAUUUCUUUUGCCUUCUGGAGUCUCCUUGUCCCUGCACAGGCUGAUUUCCCCUUGGUGAGCCAAGUGUCCUUGCUACCCAUGGCAUCCCAAGGUGACACCUGGGGCUUGAAGGAACCCCCUGGGCAACUGGAUUUGGGGACAUGUGACAUCAGACAUGUGCCUGUAAAGUCCAGAGAGAUUUCCAGGGGCAUCUCAGGUGGUUUUUGAGAACCAAAAACCUCCGUUGCAGUAGGACAGGGGUGGUUCCAUCAAGCCCCACAUCUCCCCUUGGGAUGCAGUUGGAAAUGAGCUGAGCCCUGGUGGGAUUGUGCUCCCUGCCAGAGGAACUGAGCUGGAGCUGCUGGAGCUUGGUGGUGUUUCCUUCCUCACUGAACACCUCACUUCUGCUUCCAAGCUGUGGCACGAGUUCCAGCUCUGGGGUGAGCUGCUCUCUCAGGAGGGGACUCUGUGGGAAUUCAGUUGCCUCUGGAAUAAAACUUUUUACCAUUAUUUUAUACAUAAAGGAGCAAGGGUGGGACAUGAUUCAUGUGAUGUUCUGUGAAUAAAGAUUUUUUUCAACCAAAA